ACGAACCAUGAAACGGAUUGGCCAUUCUCGCCGCCCACCGCCCCACGAUCCAAGCCUCUUCACAGCGGAGUAUUAUAGAAAAGAAUGGUUUUCACGGUUUCAACUAGUUUCUUCUUCCUACAGUUUCUUCUUCCGGUACGGCUAUUCUUGCUUCAACUUUGCAGGUGACACAACACUCUUCGUGCUCCGUCUUUAUCUCAUCAACUUCUUGUUCCUCUUCCUUGAUAUGUUGUUGGAGCUGAAAAACAUGGGCUGAAGAUUUUGCAAUGGGCCUCCGCAACAAUUUAGAAGAAAAGAAGAAACAAGGUUGUUUUUGGGCUGCACUUUCAGUUACCUGAUCCAGCCCUCCACUUUACCCGGAUGAACCCGUCGUAUGAGCCUCAACCAUCUCAUCGCCUCUCAAGAACGCAAAUCAGAGAGAGAAAGAGGCGUGAGAGAGAGUAGCCGAAGACUCCUACUCCUCAAUUCAAUUCCAGCAGUGUAACACCGGAUUAAUCGCAGCAAGAAAAUAGUGUCAAGAAUCCAAAUCCAAUAAGGAAGAGAUGAACUUGGCGCCUAUAAAGCGAGGGGGAUGCGGCGAAGAACUUCACCACCACCAUCAAGAACAAGAAUUAGAGCUUCAAGUCAAGGGUAUGAACCCUAGGGGGGUUCGGGUCUUGAACCCAAAACCCCCUUCGUUCCCGUUUGCUUUCAUCUUUUUAGUGAUUCUUUUAUUCAUAUUAGGUCUAAUUUCAAUUUUUAGUCCCUUUGAUGCUCUCACAAUUGAACGAAUUCUGUCUGGUUUUCUUUGAUUCUGAAUGUUGUAUUCUUUAAAAUCAAUGAUGACAACUUUAAGAGAAUUGGCAGCCCCUAACCUAAAUGUUCAACCGCUUUCCAUCACAUAUGCUGAGCUAGAGAAACCUUUAAAGCUGAAUUCUGGGUUUAUAAAUCUUUUGCCUAAGUUUCAUGGUCUACUUGGAGAGGAUCCCUUCAGGCACAUCUCUGAAUUUCUGAUUACUUGUGGUGCUAUGGUGCCUGAAGGGGUUGCUCAAGACCAAAUUAGGUUGAAGGCUUUCCUGUUUUCUUUAGCUGAUAAGGCAAAGGACUGGUUGUACUACAUGCCAGCCGAUGUACUUGGAACUGUUAUUUCCAAAUUGGCCCGCAAGUUUGUCUUCACACAAAAAGGUCAAAAGACAACAAGCGACUUCAUCAUCAUAGACCAAGAAUGCAAGCCAAUCACUCUAACAUUGUGGGACAAAUUCGCAACCACUCAGGGGAUAGAAAUCGAAAAGGCACUCGAAUCGGGUACUUAUCCAACAAUACUCGCAAGGAGGAUACUCACGACUCCCUACCAAGAACACGUACGAAACAAAUACAUCAAACACGUACUCACUACAAACCCUCUACAGCCUCUCUCCGAAGUAAAGAACCGCACCAAGUCUAAAUAGAAAGCUGAAAGUUGAAGAGGACGCCCACAAAAAAAGGCCUAGCUAAUGUUUCUGGAUCUUGAAAACUUUUUUGACCCUAAUCUCUUUUCCUACUGUUCUUGUAAAAUAUAACUACCCCAACUCAGUAGGAGGCCUUAUGUCAGUUUGGUACAUAGUAGAAAUGAUGAAGUGCAAGUGAUCACUUCAAGUUUUGUAAAACAAUCCCUAUGUUAGAACUCUUAAGUUAGCCAAAUAUCAUAAAUGAAGUGUGGGUGAUCACUUCAUUUUUUGUAAAACACUCCCUAUUUUGUAGUGUGUUGUAUUCGUUUGGAAUCUUCUACUAUUGCUUGUACUUGUUGCUUGUACUUGGUGCUUUAUCUGUGUUAUACUGUGUUCCCUUCCAUAUUUUUGUGCAGGUGGAGCCGGGGGUCUCUUGGAAACAGCCUCCCUACUUCCGAGUAGGGGCAAGGUCUGCGUACACACACCCUCCCCAGACCCUACUGUUG